UGAACCGGCAUCAGACAUGGAUUUCAGUGGCAAAGUGGUUAUAAUUACUGGCGCAAGCUCUGGUAUCGGCGCGGCUACGGCCAAGUACCUCACAAACCUCGGCGCAAGCUGUGUUCUCGCGGCUCGAAAUGAAUCCAAGUUGGCCGAGGUCCAGGCAGCCUGCAAGGCUCUAGGCAAGGUGGAACCUCUCAUCGUGGUCACGGAUGUGUCGAAGCCGGCAGACAACGAGCGACUGGUUAAAGAUACAGUGGCCAAAUUCGGGCGCAUCGAUGUGCUGGUUAAUAAUGCUGGCAAAGGUUUCUACGGUAGCAUCGAAGAGGCCGACAUGGAGCAGUUCGAAGACAUUCUCAACACGAAUCUAAAGGCAGUGUUUACACUGACAAAGUUGGCCUUGCCACAUCUCCUUUCAAGCAAAGGGAAUAUCGUUAACGUGUCCAGCGUAGCUGGAACGAAUUCGUAUGCGAAUGUACUUUCGUACUGCGUAUCCAAGGCGGCUUUGGAUCAGUUCACACGCUGCACCGCCCUCGACUUGGCCUCGAAGGGUGUCCGCGUUAACUCCGUCAACCCGGCGGUCAUUGUGACCGAGUUCCAUAAGACGCUCGGAAUGGACGAAGCCACGUACGCCACCUACCUUAAGAACUGCGAAAAAAGUCAUCCCCUUGGACGCGUCGGAAAACCCGAGGAAGUGGCAGCCUCCAUCGCCUUCCUGGCGUGCGACAACACGACCAGCUUCACCACCGGCACCUGUCUGCAUAUCGAUGGUGGGAAGCACAUCAAGAUAGUCGCAUAAAACGAAGAAAAGUAUAUUUUUUUAGAGAAGUGAAAAUUACUGAAAGUGUCAAAACAAGUUUUGAA